AUGCUCGCAAAGUCUCCGCAGCGACACGAUAUCGCCCUGGGUCACGUACAAGCUGCGCGCGUCGGCUUGUUCAUUGCCGACGGUGAGAGCCCCCUCGGCGAGGCGUUCGGGAAGCUCUUCGACGCCUUAAUAUUCAAAAUAAUGAUCUACAUGCCCGAUGAAUAUUAUAAGACGUCGGCGGCGGCAAACGUCGCCGCCGCGGCCGAUAUGUACCGCCAGGUCGAGGAACUCGGCCAGAAAACCUGGGUCGAGUCUAUGGCGAAGGUCGGCGUGCAUCGAUCACAUAAACUACUUGAUAUUACGUCUUUGGUGUUUUGGGGCGUGGCGCCGGCCAGACAUCACCAAGGCUACAACGUGUCCGAGUGGUUAAGGAGUGUGACUAGAAAUCACAUGCGUUCGCGCGCGUAG